UAUGACAUGACAAUAUGCAGCGCAUGACAGCAAGUUUAAUUGGGCAAAUUGAAAAACUCGUGAUCCCGCGUAGGUUGCAACAAACAGGUGCCAAGCUCCUCGCCAGCCGUGAAUUGGCUUUAUCUGUUCACCCUUGCUUUCCUAGGACCGCGCUAUCCAAUUACACAAUGAUGCUCAACGCUAAGCUACCGCAACUCGGAAAGGGGCUACCACGCACGGCGGCAGUUCCGGUGGUGUCUGUCGUCUUCUCAUCGCCCCUCGGCCAUGGCAGCGUCCAGCAGCCCUUCGUCGCAGCUGAAUGGCGAUGCCAACAGCGUCGUCUAUUGAGCAGGCGGACCAAUUUCGCCCAACAGGCCCUGCAAGAUGCUCAACCGGACAGCCCCGCGGCGGCAUCUGUACCGGCGCAGCUUGUCCCACCCACCGACCCCAACGCCUACUGUGUUCUGAACUUCUACCACUUGACACCCAUUGCUGAUCCGCAGGCGGCCGUGGAAGAGCACCGCGCCUAUGUCGAGCGGCAAGGCCUGGACAUCCGCGGCCGUAUCUACAUCUCUUCCCAGGGCAUGAACUGCCAGUACGGAGGCACUGUCGCGGAUGCAACGGCUUACGUGGAGUGGGUCAAACAGCAGCCGGGCUUCGAGGGCCUGUUCUACACCGUGUGGCCCUCCGAGGGCCACGCCUACCCCAAGCUGCGCCUCAAGUACAAGCCCAACCUGAUCAGCCUGGCGGGUGGCAUGGAGGUGAUGCCCAUCACCGACCCCGCGGCACGGGCCACACCGCUGCCGCCCAACAAGUGGAAGGAGAUGGUCGGACAGGCAAAGGAGAAGAACGACAUGGUGGUGCUCGACCUGCGCAACGACUACGAGUGGGACGCGGGCCACUUUGUUGGCGCGGAUCGGCCGGCGGAGGAGGUGUUCGCUGAGACACCUGUGGGCGAGGGCGAACAGGAGGUGCCGCAGCCGCUGCAGGGCAAAGACAAGGACACCACCGUGCUGAUGUACUGCACGGGCGGUAUUCGCUGCGACGUCUACUCCACCUUCCUGCGCAAGAAGGGCUUCAACAACCUGUACACGCUGGAGUACGGCGUGCAGAACUACUUCCGCCACGAGGGCGGCGCGCACUGGAACGGCAGUCUGUUUGUGUUUGAUGCGCGUAUGGCCAUCUCUCCCAACACCACGGAGUCCGGCGCGCUGCCUGCCGCCGUGCCCUGCUCGCUGUGCGGCUCGGAGCCGGAGCUGCCUCACGUCAACUGCGCCAACGUGGACUGCAACGAGCUCUUCAUCGCCUGCGCCGCCUGCAAGAGCCGCCUGAAGGGCUGCUGCUGCGAGGAGUGCAUGAGCGCGCCCCGGCUGCUGCGGCCGGCCAAGCUGGAAGGCGGACAGUACGGCUCCUGGGGUAACUACGCGGACCGCGAUGAGAUGGGUCCCAUCAUGGCCCAGGGGCGCUCGCACGAGGGGCGCGUGGCUCGCCGCACCCGGCGACGUGAGGCGCUGAAGGAGCGGCGGUUGGAGUUCCUGGAGCAGAAGCUGGCGCGCAAGCAGAAGGAACGUGCGGAGGGUGAGGAGGCGGCGGCGCCUGAGGUCUCGGCCGAGAAGAAGGAGGAGGCGCUGGUGGGCGCAGCGUGAUGAGGGGGUGAUGAUCCUGGAUUUCCCCUUUGGAUGUUUGGACGGUUCCCUUCCGCAAUCUUAAAGACUUGUAAGUGUGAAAAGCUAGCUGACGGCAUGCUGUGUGGAGGACGCAUGCAGGUGCUGGAUUUGGCUUUUGUGACGCUCCCUCAAUGAAUUACCGUUACAGUGUUUGGGGGGCUGUGGCGAUGAGACCUCCGCUCUGUUGCUGCGGAUUGCGGCUCAGGAGAAGGGGCUUCACCAGCCUAUGGGCUGCGGGUGCGAUUGUGUUUGUGACGUCGCCGUUUGAUUCUGGGCGCCAUAGGGGCUUUGCCGGCCUUCAUUGGGCCACCAAUCGGCGCCCCGCAACCUUUCCACAAGAGACGACAACUUGCCUGGUUGUGUGGCUGUGAAUCAGCGUCGCACAAGGGCUUUCCUACGUGCGUGGAAGUUGUAUGGAGUGUUUGUUUGCCACCUGCCGUUUUUCCCUGCCUGCCUGAGAGUGGGUGGGCGGCAAACUGAGAGAUGUGCAUCCUCAGCUUUGGAGGGCUGCACAGCACACGUGUGCGAGAGAAAGAGAGGAAACGUACUUGCUUGGCACAUGACCAAACUCCAGACAGCAAUGCUGUUGCUAGGCGCCUUGAUACGGUCUUGCUCCUUGCUGAGGUACAUGUAUAGCUGUUAGGCCUUGUGCCUGCUGCAGCAUCCAUAUCGCCUGUCUGCGCCACACUGCUGUAUACAAGGGGACAAGAACACAAGAUCUUGUCACGAGAUUUCCUCGGUGUAGGGUGUACUCGUGCUAUCCAGACUCGUGCAUCACCGUGAGCUUGCGACCUUACUUCACUGGACACACUUUACUUGCUCCCGCGCGAGAUGACGCCA